UCUCCCUCUCUCUUCUGCGAGGUUUUCCCCAAACCUCGCAGAAACAAGAAACCCCCCUUCCCUCUCUUUGCAUGAUAUAUGUAUAUCAUCUUGAUCAUCUCUAUCAUGAUCUUUAUAUGUCUAAAUUCUUCCUUAUAACCAUUAAAGUUCAGCUCGCACGAUCGAGGGCUGUCUUGUUGAUCAUGGCAGCCCACGGCGGGGUGAACCCGGCGGCCAUGAGCAAGAGACUAUGGAACGCGGUGAGGGUUGCGUUGUUUAUGCUGAGGAAAGGGUUGGUCUCGAACAGGAACGCCGUGGCUGACUUGAAUCUGAUGGUGAAGAAGAGAGCGAAGCUUCUGAAGAGGGCUCUCCGGAAUCUGUUGUCCCACCACCGGAAACAACCCAGAGGCAUGGCUGUGGCCGGCCGCGGGUUACGGGAAUAUGAGUUCUCUUGCAGCAACAACUCAAGUCCUGUAUUUUUCGGGCCGUCGACGUGGAAGAGGAAACGCCACCAUCGACUCCUUCAGCUUCCAUGCAUCAAUCGGUCUCUGGUCCAGCAGCAAGAGGAAGAAGGAGAGGAAGAGGAAGAGGAAGAAGAUGAGAUGGUUAAUGGCGAUGGAAACGGAGAAGUGGACGACGAUGCGGAGGAAUUCAUCAGAAGGUUUUAUGAGCAGCUGAGGCUGCAAAGUAGGAUUCAGUAUCUCCAGUAUGAUCAAGACAUGCAAUUCCAGCAGGACAUCAAUUAAUCAAUGCCUCUUCUUCUUCUUUAAUGAAUGAAUAAAUAAAUGAAUAAUUCUCCAUUUAUAAAUGGAAAAUAUUUUUAUUUUAAAAUGAUGGCAUUUUACAUAUUCUGUCUAUUGUAUACUCAACAUGAUAUUUAUGAAUGUGUCACUUUAAAUUAAUUUGUGUUCUUUGAUUUCAAACUAAUCCAACUUU